GUGAGACUAAGGACGCAGGAAAUGACCUUGAGGGAGAAGGAUUAGCUUUCUCCAGCUGCCGGCACAAAGCGAGGCAAGAAAGGGGCUUAAACAACGGAACUGUGCUGUGUCUUAGCUCUGGAGUUAAGGCCUGGGUAUGAAGCGGCCACUGAGCCCAUCACCCUCAGGUGAGAAGGAGCCCCCCACAACUGCAGCAUCUGAGUGCCCCCCUCACUCUCCAGAAUCGUCGAAGCCUAAGCGGGAAAGGAAACGCCCUUCCUACACCCUCUGCGACGUCUGCAACGUCCAGCUGAACUCUGCGGCCCAGGCCCAGGUGCAUUGUGGGGGACGCGCCCACCAGCGGAGGCUUCGGCAGCUCAGCCUGGGCAAGACCUCUGCAGGGCCAGCAGGCCCAGCCUCCAGCACCCCCAGCCCCCUGCUGGCCUCCCUGACCCUGCCCACCCGGCCUCUGCAAACCCCGUUGGACUUCAAGCACUUGCUCGCCUUCCACAUCAAUGGCACCACCCCGCUCAGUCUCUUCCCCAACUUCAGCACGAUGGACCCUGUCCAGAAAGCUGUCAUCAGUCACACAUUCGGGGUCCCCUCCCCUCUGAAGAAGAAGCUGUUCAUCUCCUGUAACAUCUGUCACCUGAGGUUCAACUCAGCGAACCAGGCUGAAGCUCAUUACAAGGGUCACAGACAUGCCAGAAAACUCAAGGCUGUCGAGGCUGCCAAGAGCAAGCAGAGACCUCGAAACCUGACCCCAAAUGGGACAGUGGCAUCUUCAGCCUCACCUCCAGCCAGUGGAGGCGCCGGAAGCCCGCAGAGCAAAGACUCUGUAUCUCCUCCUCACGGCUCUUCACUUCAGCUACCUCCGACCUCAGACACAUCAGUCAGAGAGCCGGCCCACUCAGACCCCUUGGAUGCCGCUGCUUCCUCUUCCUCUUCUUCCUCUUCCUGUCCACCCUGCUCCCCGGAUCCUGGCACGGAAGCACCAGGGCCUGAGCCAGCAGAAGUGGCUGUGGGGAGUGGGGUGAAUGGGGAAGGCAGGAGCGAAAAGGGGUGCCUCUACUGCCCGACUUGUAAAGUGACAGUAAACUCGGCCUCACAGCUUCAGGCUCACAACACAGGAGCCAAGCACCGAUGGAUGGUGGAAGGCCACCAAGGGGCUCCCCGAAGGGGCCGGGGCCGUCCUGUGUCCCAGGGAGGGGCUGGACACAAGACAAAGAAAGUGCUAGGAAAUCGCGGGGGCCGGCAGGGACCUAGCCCUCCCUUCCAGUGUGCUCUCUGUCAGCUCCAGGUCAAUUCGGAGACCCAACUCAAGCAGCACAUGAACAGCCGGAGGCACAAAGACCGCUUGGCCGGGAAGUCCCCCAAGCCCUCCAGCCAGCACAGCAAACUGCAGAAACAGGCAGCUUUGGCUGUGAGUGCCCUCAAGUCUAAAUUGGCCUUGCAGAAGCAACUCACCAAGACACUGGCAGCCCGCUUCCUGCCCAGUCCGCUGCCCACCACAGCUGCUGCCAUCUGUGCCCUGCCGGGGCCCCUGGCCCUCCGGCCUGCCACAACAACAGCGGCUACCCUCUUCCCAGCUCCUGUCCUGGGCCCAGCUCUGUUCCGUACCCCAGCGGGAGCUGUCCGCACUGCUGCAGGGCCCAUACUUUUCGCUCCCUAUUAGUGGUCCCAGGAUGGCCACAUCCUAUCUCUUCCUGGCAGGCACUUGUCUCCACAUCCCAGAGACUGCCUUUUGCAGUUUCUGGGUUCCCACCUAACCAGGGGUAGCUGCUUCUCAGUCCGACUGGGGUGUUUCCAGUCCCCUGGGCCUGACGACCAUCACUGUCCUCCUUUCCUGGGCUAGUCCUGGGCUUCCUGCAUCUCCGGCUCCACGAAUCCCAAAGAUCUAUGCAAAAUCACAGCCCCAGCCACAUGGUGCUCUCGUACCCCAACCCCAACCAGACUUACACAGUGCAGACUCCACAUCUCAGCCCCCACAAGCCAGUCUCUCCUGCCAUGUUCUAGGGCCCUCUGAACAGCCACUGGAGCUAGGGUAUCACAGGGGUGUGGGUGGGAACCUAACGGCCGUGUUUACCAUGGGGUAGUCAGGUGGGGUGGUGCUCGCCUAUAAUCCUGGCAUCUGGAUCAUGAGUUCAGUCAGUUUGGGCCAUAUAGCUAGAUACUGUCUCAAAACAAGCCUGGAGAAGAGGCCCCCAAAGUCCUUCAAAGGAAGGUGCUGUGAAAAUGGGGCAGAGUUGCGGGGAAGCUCCAGCUCCUCUGUAGGGGUGAGGCUAGAAGGUGAGACAGGUGUCAGGCUGGACCUGACUGUGUAGCCCCAGCUGGUCUGAAACUCUGUAGACCAGGCUUUUCGAGAUCCACCUGCCUCUGCCUCUGCCUCAAGUGGCCCUGGCUUUAGUGGAAGUGACCUGUCUUACCACUCUGGUCCUUCUUAACCUUUCGGUGGUUCUGCUGGAGCCCCUCUUCUAAGGAAGGCUCUGGGUCUCCCUUAGCCUAGGGAUUGUCCACUCCGGACUGGGGUCCAGUCUCUCCAACUGUGGAGCUCGGGGCUGGUACACAGUCCUUUAUGCCCUCAAGAUCCACCUUCAUGUUGCCAAAGCCAGUGCCACUACCCCACUCACUAGGGGACUUCGCCAGUAUCUACUUGUAUCUUUUUUUUUUUGGAAAACUAUUUCCAAUGGGACAAGAAAAGGGUUCGGGCCGGGCGAUGGUGGCGCACGCCUUUAAUCCCAGCACUCGGGAGGCAGAGGCAGGCGGAUCUCUGUGAGUUCGAGACCAGCCUGGUCUACAGAGCUAGUUCCAGGACAGGCUCCAAAGCCA